CUUCUCUUAGGGCUCCCAUUUUAUACCACAAUGGAAAAAGCUUUAGAACAAGCUUUAGAUCAUGCGGAGUCUGUCAUUGAAAGUGCGUGGCAGAAACCCCCUAAACGUAGACGGUCAUCUAGUGGGGGGAAAUCUCUCCAUGAAAAACUGUAUGACCUAUAUGUCGAAGAAUGUGGAAAAGAGCCCGGGGUUACAAAGGAAUUAAUAAGCAAUGUGAACUUGUUAGAAAAGCUUGUACAGAGGGAGUCCUUGCCCUGUUUGGUGGUCAACCUGUACCCAGGAAAGCAGGGCUAUUCACUGAUGCUAAAGGGGCCAAGUGAAUCACAUUCAGAGACCAUUCGACUGCCUUACGAAGAAAGGGCAUUUCUAGAAUACCUGGAUGCAGAGGAAUUGCCUCCUGCAUUGGUGGAUCUCCUGGAAAAGUCCGAACUGAACAUGUUUCACAGUGGGUGUGUCAUAGCAGAAGUACGGGACUAUAGGCAGGGCGGUAAUGCAGAGCCCCCUGGCUACCAAAGCAGGCACAUCCUCCUACGCCCAACGAUGCAGACAUUAGCCUGUGAUGUACACUCCAUAGCCAGCGAUAAGCAGGAAUGGACCCAGGAAGACAAACUGUUACUUGAGAGCCAGCUGAUCUUAGCUACAGCUGAACCCCUGUGUCUUGACCCUUCUGUAUCAGUAGCCUGCACUGCAAACAGGCUGCUCUAUAACAGGCAAAAGAUGAACACUCUUGCCAUGAAAAGGAACCUCAAGAGGAACUUCAGAGCCUCCCUGAAUGAGGCACAGGAGCCAUCUUGUAGUCUGGACCCUCACAAAAAAAGCAAGGUAAGUCCAGCAGCUGAGCAAAAUGACGUCAAAAUUUCCAAAGCAGGAAAAUGUGUGGAUAUGUGGAAACAGAGACCCUGUGACUUGGCAGUCCCUUCUGAGGUGGAUGUAGAGAAAUAUGCUAGAGAGGUGAGGUCUGUCCAAUACGAUGACUCACCACGAAUAGACUGGCCAGCCUAUGGGGUAAAUGAUGAUAUUUCUCUGUUUGGAUGUGAAGCUGGUGAUCAGUCCCAGACAACAGAGCUGACCUUCAUGCAGUCCCUUGGUGAUCCACUUAUCUCUGGACAAACUUUGCCUAAAAAAGCCAGGUGUGAGAGACAGAUGUCUCCCUGCCAUUUCUUUGAAGAUGACCAUUGCUAUAGUUCGAUGCAUGAGUCUGUCAUUGACACUGGGGAAGAAGUACAGAAUCUGUUUGAGGAACUGGAGCCGCUAAGUGUCCAAUGUGCCUUCGAGGUGUCCUCAGGCUCCAGUGGCUCAGGCUCUCUCAGCCAGCUUUCUCCGGAGAAAGAAGCAGCACAGCCUUUAGACAUCUCAGUUCAGUCUUCAGUACUGGAGGAGGGAGUCCAGCACACCCCUCCAACCAUCAGUCUUCUCUCCAGCUCAGGAAAGAGUUCUUCAGGUAGUGGCAGCUUGAGUCCCCAGCAGGAAAGCAAUGUUCAUAAAUCAGUAUCUCCUGCCCCUGCUCCAAAGCCACCAAGUCUUUCCCAGAAAUCCUCUGUGGAAGUGAACCCUGUUAGCAUAUUUCCUACAGCCACCCUGUUCACUGCCAGCUCAGCACAAAUAACCCCAGCCAGCCAGGUCCAGGCCACCUAUGUUGGCCCCAGUUUUAUCCAGGUGGCAGUCCCUGUUCAUGUGGCCCAGACUGUGGUGAGAGGUUCCAGUUCCACAAAGGGCUUUACUGCUAGGGUCAGGACUCCUGUGCCAAUCAAGCCCAAAAUCCCAUCCUCAGAAGACCAGCAGCUACCAAAUGUACAGCCUGCUGUACCACAGGCUCCUUCACAAGGUAUUCAAUUUGUUUUUCAAAAUGUUUCAGAAGCCAGGCCCAUAACACUACUCCAGCUUCCACCAGGUACACUCAUUUUGAACAGCCAGCAGCAGUCUCAGCAACAGCCACAGCAACAGCCACAGCAGAAGCCACAACAGCAGCAGCCAUGUCAGCAGCCACAGCAGCCUCAGCAGCAGCCACAGCAGCAGCCACGGGAGCCUCAGCAGGAGCCUCGGCAGCAGCCACAGCAGCCACAGCAGCAGCCUCAGCAGCAGCCACGGGAGCCUCGGCAGGAGCCUCAGCAGCAGCCUCGCCAGCAGCCAUGGCAGCCUCAAUGGCAGCCUCUGCAGCAGCCAUGGCAGCAGGUACAGGAGCAGCCUCAGCAGUGGCCUCAGCAGCAGGUACAGCAGCAGCCUCAGCAGUGGCCUCAGCAGCGGCCUCAGCAGCAGCAGCCUCAGCAGCGGCCUCAGCAGCGGCCUCAGCAGCAGCCAUGGAAGCCACAGCAGCAGCCUCAGCAGCAGCCACGGCAGAAGCUCCAGAAACAGCCACGGCAGCCUCGGCAGGUGCCACGGCAGCAGCCUCGGCAGGUGCCACGGCAGCAGCCUCGUCUGCAGCCACGGCAGCCUCAGCAGCAGCCUCAACAACCUCAGCAGCCUCAGCAGCAGCCUCAACAGCCUCAGCAGCCUCAGCAGCAGCCUCAGCAGCUUCAGCAGCAGCCUCAACAGCAGCCAUGGCAGCAGCCACAGCAGUUCUAUCAGUUGAUUCCACAACUUCAACAACCUAUAUAUCAUAUUCAACAGUCAGUGUCACAGCAUUCAAGUGUGCAACGUCCAACCCAUCGAAGAAUGAUCUUACCUGCUCAGAAAACUGCCAUUGCUAAUCCCAAAAGACUUAGAAGUAAUCUGCAGCCCCAGAGAGUGAUGGGGUCUCAGCCAAGCUCUACCCAGACAGGACCUGGGCAAAGCCAUUCCCAACAAAGUGCCCAGCUCCCCUCUGCCUUCCAGCAGCAGCCACAGCCCCAGCAGGUACAGUUGAGAAUCUUGCAGCUCCCUGUGCCUGUGCCAACUGUAGCAACCCAAAGAGCUCAGCCACAUCAUGGCCAGAAGGCAGAAAGCCAGUCAAAAGGUAAAAUGAAUUGA